CAUGUACGACGCGAGUCACCACGGCUACUACCUGGUCCAGGCCAUGCGGCUGGGGGUGGAGGAAAUCAACAACUCCAGCCGCCUCCUGCCCAACGUCACUCUGGGGUAUGAGAUCUACGACACCUGCUCGGCAUCCUCCAACAUGUACGCCACGCUGAGCGUCCUCUCCCAGGGUGGCGGAGAGGGCUGCUGCGGUGCCCGGCAGCUGGUGGUGGCUGCCAACUACACCCACUCCCUGCCCAAGGUUGUGGGCGUCAUCGGGCCAGACACCAGUGAGAAUGCUUUCACGACAGCCAGUCUGCUGGGCGUCUUCUGCAUGCCAGAGGUAAGCCCCCGAAGGGCGGUGGGACUUAGUGGAUUAGGAGAGCCGUCUCCCACUCUGUGCUUUCUCCAGACGUGGUUGGACUACAGCUUCCCCACUAUCCACAGUCAGCAUAGCCAGGCCCAGGAAUGAAGAAAAUUAUUGGGGGGUGAACAGGCACCAGCAGCUGCCCAGAGAUGUCAGGGGGUUGGUGCCAGCCUGCUCUUCCUGGUCUCUGUUUUAGGCUGUUGAUAGCAUGUUUCACAACUGUCUCGUUGAGAUUCCUGCAUCGCAGGGCCAGCUGAGCCUUUUGAGUCCCUUCCAAUUCUGCAAUUCUGCCUUAUUUUUCUCACACAUUUUCCCCCAAAGCAAAUUACCCUCUUUGCUGGUGCAGGAGAGAUCACUGCAAAGUAAAAGCGACGCAGUCCACUGGGAAGUUGUGUUGGGGAGAGGUUCCUGCCGGAUCAUGUCCGUGAAAGCGUAGAUUAGGCAGAAGAGAGCCUUCAGGAAAUGUUGGGGAGGGCAAGGGCGGUGAAUUGAAGCAGAGGGAACCUCGGACUGACGAUAAAAGAUGUCUGAGGAGCCCUGUAUGACUGGUGACUGCUAGCUAGGAGACACACGUCCCACCGGUGGCUCUGUUUCCAUCAGUGAUGUACCUGGAGCAAGCUUGUUUUCUGCUGCUCCAGAGGGCAGGACCUGAACUCAUGGAUUCAAAUGACAAGGAAGGAGGUGCCAUCUGAAAAUUAGGAAGAACUUUCCGAGGGCGAGAGCUGAUUGACAAAGGAGCGGACGCCCUUGGAAGGUGGUGGACUCUCCUUCCUUGUAGCUUUUCAAACAGAAGGUGGCUGGCCAAUUGUCAAGGGAGUCUUUAGCUGCUGUUCCUGGUUUGCAGGGGGUUGGACUAGAUGAGCCUUGCGGGUCCCUUCCAACUCACAGAACUGUUUCCAUCUCCCCAUCCAGCUGCAUCAGGGGUGAGGGGAUGUCUGUGGCCCUGCAGCUGUUGCUCCCAUCAUCUCUGGCCAUGCUGGGAACAGAGAAGGGGUUGCUGUUGGGAGUUAAACUUCAGCAACAUCUGGAGGACCCGAUGUAUGUCAAGAGCAGUUGCCUCCUUCCUGCCUUGCUCUCUCUCUUCCCAGGUCAGCUACGAAGCCUCCAGUAAGAAGCUCAGCAACAAGAGAGUCUUCCCUUCCUUCCUACGCACCAUCCCCAGCGACCAGCUGCAGGUGGACGCCAUGGUGCGCCUGCUGAAGACUUUCGGGUGGACCUGGGUCGCGGUGGUGGGCAGCGACAACAACUACGGGCUCCAGGGCCUGCAGAUGCUGCACGAAGCAGCCCCCCAGGAGGGCAUCUGCUUCGCCUACCAGGGUGUCAUCCCCGCCAGCAGCGCAGAGGUGGCCCGCAUGGUCCUGGAGGUGGUGGCCUCUGCCGCCAACGUGGUGACCGUCUUCGCGAACAAGCGCAGCGCCCUCCUGUUCCUCUGGGAGGCCGCCCGGCAGAACGUGACCGGGAAGGUGUGGCUGGGCACGGAAGACUGGUCCUUGGCCACGGAAAUCUGGAAGAUCCCCGGUGUUCAGGGCAUCGGCACGGUCCUCGGGGUAACCAUCCACCAGGCACGCCUCUCGGGGAUGAAGGCGUUUGAAGCAGCUUUUGCCGCAUCAGAGGAAGCGGGUGCCCACAGGGGUGACGCUGGCUCAUGUCGGAAUUGCAAGGAAAGGUGCAGCCAGCGAUUUUCCCGGUUCCGCAAGCUGCCCGACAGGCAGGUGCCGUCACCCUACGACACACAAGGAGCGUUUAGUGUGUACUCAGCGGUGUACGUCAUGGCACAUGCCCUCCAUCAUCUGCUGGGCUGCCAAACUGGUGUGUGCCAAAAGGGCACCGUCUAUCCGUGGCAGGUAAACCUCCCCAUCUCUCUCUGUCUCUGUCUCUGGGCAUUUAUCCGGCAGGGACAGUGCCAAAAUGGCAUUCCUGCUGCGGUAAGAGUGGGGUCUCUCCAUGGAAAAAGCAGGUGCCAGCCAGGGGUGGCUAACCUGUGGCUUUACAGAUAUUGCUCAACUCCAGCUCUCAUCAGUCCCAGCCAGCAGGAUUCAUGGAAGAUGGAGGCUGCAACAUCUGUAGGGUGCCACGGUGCUUAUCCCUGCUCUGUGUUUUCCUGGAAUUCCAGGAUGCCGAAGAAAACAGAAUAACAGCUGAGAUUUCUCUGCAUGAUAUACUCUUAGCGCCUAUGCCACACCAUCUCUCCAGCUGAGCAUGCUCUGAUGGGCAUUGGGGGUAUGUGAGCUGAGAUAGCUCACUUGGUAGAGCAUGAGACUCUUAGUCUCGUGGGCAUGGGUUUGAGCCCCAUGUUGGGCAAAAUAUUCCUUCAUUGCAGGGGGUUGGACUAGAUGAACCUCAAGAGUCCCUUCCAACUCUAUGAUUCAUCUUGUUAGAGGGUGACCCAGGAGACAGCAGCCCCCAAGUCGCUUGCACUGGGCCCUGGAUCUCUUGCCCUUUCCCGUUCGGGUUUGGGGUGUGGAAAAUUGCAGAAUCCAUGGGGAGUUUCCAGGAUCAAAAAAUGGAAGGGGAGUUCGUCCAGGGAAUGGGACCAUUUGGUUCAUCCAGCUUGGGGAUCUUCCAGCAAAACAAGGCCCCAUGCAUUCAAUUUUAAACAUGGGGCGUUUCCACACUGCAGACUUAAAACUGGUUUAGCAGUUAAUUCCUUCUCCCCAGAGAAACUCUGGAAAAUACCUCCAAGUCGACAGUUUGGUAAUAUCUUUGGACCAACCCACAAGAACGUGGCGAGCUCUAGAGUCCUCCAGAAUGCCUCACCAGAUGAGAUGUACUGGGGCUGACAUGAGUUGUAGUGCAGAACAUCUGAAGGAUAUUAGGUUAGGGUUGGCUGGAUUAGUCUGUCUGUCUCUUUGCUGCAGCUCCUGAAGGAAGUGAAGCGGGUGAACUUCAGCCUGAACCACAGACAGAUUUAUUUUGACACCAAUGGAGACCCCUUGGUUGGCUACGACCUGGUCUUGUGGACAUGGGCUGGGCAGGAGUGGAACUACACCGUGGUGGGCUCCUUUGACAGGAACCCGGACCGCCUGAGCAUCCACAAGGACAGGCUCCUUUGGCACACAGAGGAUAAUCAGGUAAGGAGGCACACACAGAGGAGCGGGAGGCUCAUACACCCAGGGAAGAUUCUUACUGUUGAGAUCUAGCCACCACCCAUGACGUUGGUCUGCCUGGAAUUCCCCUUGCCAGGGGAAAAUGGGAGCGAGCAACCCAUUCUACUACAGGGGGGUUGUAGCAUUGGCUCAUGGGGGCACUUUGGGUCCACCUACACCCCUUGACACCAACGCUCCUCCUCCCGCCCAGGUCCCUGACUCCGUGUGCUCCAAGGAAUGCGGCACGGGGGAGCAGAAGGUGCAGCAGGGCAUGCACCAAUGCUGUUUCCACUGCGUGGGCUGCUCUCCAGGAACCUUCCUGAACAGAAGCGGUGAGUGAAUUGUCAGCAGGCAGGGCAAGGCCAGGCCAGCACCAGAGUCAGAAGCAGGCGGGCAGAGGCAAUUCAACUCUCCUGCUUCCUGCCUCUUUAAACCCAUGGCCUCCAUGGCUUCAGGCUGGCUCUGCCCCCUUGCUGUCUCCCCACAGGGCCAACGCCUCUGAGGUCACAUGGCUUCCUAAUCCCAAAGCCCAAGCCUUGCAUGGUGUUCCUGAGCUUUUGAGGUUUGGGGCCAGGGUUUGUGGUCUCACCUGCAUCCUCUAGGAGGAAGCCAUGGCCAAGCGGCCCAUGACCAGAAGCAGGAAGCUCUCUUGCAAAGCACUCGGAGGGAUGGAGAAACAUGGAAAUGUGCUGGAGCCACAGAGUGUUCGCUCAUGCUAGCCUGAGGGGUGAUGGCAGUGGCAAAAAAAGGAGAGUUUUGUACCCGGUAUACCUUUAAAGCACAUUCUUUCCCUCGGGAAAUACUGGGCACCUUAGUUCACCCCUUCACAAAGAUACAAUGUCCAGCAGACCUAAAAAAAAACCCUACAGGCCUCAGGGGGAGAAUGUGCUUCAGAUGCGUUUUUAUUUGCUUUUCAAUUUAUUUCUAAAUGUGACUGGUUUUAGAUGCUUGUAACUGUCUUUGGAAUGUUUUAAUCUUAUAUAUAUAUAGUCUGCUUUCUUGUUUCAAAUGGUCCACCUGUUUGCUACCAAUUUGUAGAAGCAGGUGCACUUUUAGGACCCUGAGCGAACUAAGACGGUGGGUGGGCGAGGUCUAGAAGUUGGGGUGGGGAGGAAGGGGACGGGUUCAAGAGAUGCAGGGAUGAGUGCCAAAGACCCAGGACCUCCCCCUAAUAACACUCUUGCACGCUGUAAUAUCAGGAGAGCACUUCCAGAGUGCAACACACACAGACGGCGAGGCACUGCAGCAGAUAGGUGCACUAAGGCUGAGCUGUGUUGAUGGGAGGAAAGGCAACGUUCUUGCAGCCGGGAAUCCAGGAUUAAUUAUUUCAUAGAAUCAUAGAACUGGAAGGGGACGCAAGGAUCAUCUAGUCCAACCCCCUGCAAUGCAGGAAUCUUUUGCCUGGCAUGGGGCUCAGACUCACAACGCUGACAUUGAGUCUUGUGUUCUUCCAGCUGAGCUAUCCCAGUUGGUUAUUGCAUAUGUAUCCUAGGCUUUUCUCCAAGCACCUCAAGGUGGUAUACACAUUAUUCUGCUCCUCCUCCUUUAACCCCACAACAACCCUGUGAGGGAGGUUAGGCUGAGAGGCAGCGGCUGGCUCAAGGUCGCACCCAGCUGGCCCAGCGGAGGUUUGAACCCUGGUCUGCCAGGUCCUUGUAGUCAAACUCUCUAACAACUACACUGCAGCGGCCGUCCUGUUGGCUGCCCCCCAGAGAUCCCAGGGAUGGGGAUAACGUGGCUUCCAGCUGCCUCCGCUGACUAGCCCUGCUGCCCCACAGAUCCGUACACCUGCCAGAAGUGCCAGAAGGACCAGUGGGCGCCUGACAGAAGCGAAGCCUGCUUCGACCGCACCGUCAUCUUCAUGCUGUGGGACGACCCCAUCUCCGUGGCCCUGUUGGCAGCCAACACCCUCCUGCUGCUGCUGGUGGCCGGGACCACAGGCGUCUUCGUGCGGAACCGCCACACGCCCGUCGUGAAGUCGGCUGGCGGUUGGAUGUGCUUCGCCAUGCUGGGCUCCCUGGCCUGCGCCAGCCUCAGCCUCUACUGCUUCUUCGGGGCCCCAGGGCACUUUGUCUGCCUUCUGAGGUUGUCGGUGUACAGCACCUGCCUCACCGGGUGCCUCUCGUGCAUGGCGGCGCGCUCGGUGCAGAUCGUCAUCAUCUUCAAGAUGGCGGCCAGGGCUCCGGGCCUGUAUGGGGCCUGGCGGAAGUACCACGGCUCCGGCCUGCUCAUAGGAGCCAUCACUGGGCUGCAAGGCACAAUGGUCCUCACCUCCCUCACCAUCAGCCCACCGGCUCCCUACAAGAACUACGAGGCCUUUGAGGAGCUGAUUCUCCUGGAGUGCAGCCAGGGCGACACGAUCCCCGUUUUCUGGAUGAUCUUCAACAGCCUGCUGGGCGUGGCUUGCUUCACCAUCAGCUACGCGGGGAAGGACCUUCCCAACAGCUACAACGAAGCCAAGUGCAUCACAUUCAGCAACCUCAUCUACUUCGUCUCCUUCAUCACGUACACCACCGCCGCGAGCAUCUACAAGGGCAAGUACCUGGCGGCUAUCCACAUCGCCACCCUCCUCUGCACCCUCGCCGGGAUCUUCGGGGGCUACUUCGCCCCCAAGGCCUACGUCAUCCUCUUCCACUCCCAUCUCAACACCAACCAACACUUCCAGAUGUCCAUUCAGAGCUACACAAAGAGGGUGAACGCAGCAGGCUGAGCGGCGGGAAGGUCAGGCGGCCAAGGCGAGAUGGGUUUCGCCGUAUCGGUUUCACAUUUUUUCGGUCUUAUGUUCCGUUCUGUACAAUUCCACACCAAUUUUUUCUUCUUAUUUACACAAAAGGAAUCCUCGUGAAUUCUAGUGCCAUUUGCCUUCAUACGGUACAACUGUGUGCAAUUAACUUGCACAAUUUGAAAGCCGGCUGGUUGAAAUCCCACAGAUUAAGCACAGGGAAGGUGGAGAGCUUAAAAGCUCCUUUUGCACCGGGUUUUCCUGGAGCAGAAAGUUUUUAAAAGCCUUGCUUACCAGGCUCUGGGAUGCUCUCAGGAGAUUUUCUGGGAAUCCAUUUGCCCCCACAGGAGCACCCCAGAGCUCUCUGCUUUGCUUGAAAGGUAAAGAUGGUUGCAUGAGGGUGGUUUGGCAUACAAUGGAACCUUGGUUCUUGGAUGGCUUAGUUGACGAACAAAUCGGCUCCCAAACGCAGAAAACCCCAAAGUAAGUGUUCCGGUUUCCAAACGUUUUUUGGAAGCCGAAUGUCCGAUGCGGUUGUUGGCUAUUGUUUCCAGGACACCUGCGCUAAUUGGAAAGGUGCACCUUGGUUUUCGAACGUCUUGGGAGUCGAACGGAUUACGUUUGAGAACCAAGGUUCCACUGUACGUGUUUUUGCACAUGCGAACUACAGUAUCCCCAGAAUGUAACCCCGGCAUAAGAUGCAAAACACUACAAAUUCUAUGAUUCUAUGAUUCAUACCGUGUACACGUCUUCGUAUGCAAUUUUGCUAAGAUAACGUAUUUUCCUGCAAAACGAUUUCCCUUAUAUAAUGCACUUUUGCAAGUUAUUUUCAUGGAUAUACACACUUACAUGCAGUUUUGAACACACUGCUUGGCUGGAGAACUGCAUUGCAAGAUUUG